AACCAGGGAUCUCUCAUACAACGGUCAAAGUUCUUUUCAGUUGAAAUAACCUAUACUUCAUAUCAAUUUGUAAGACCACGAUUAACGACGGCUCUUAAGGAGGGUCUUACGUUAAUUUACAACUAAAAAAAAAAAAAAUUAUGAAUUAACUUAAGAGUCGGGUCUUAAUUAGGCGAAAGAAGGAUCGGCUCUUGGAAGACACGUGUUGUCGUUUCAUGAUCUCUCCACCAAAUCCGUCGCCGACUUCCAGAAACUCUCCUACCUCGCCGCGGCGUCGGCAUGGCUUGGGCGGCCUUCCACGCCGUGAGAAUCUGAUCACGAACCAGCUCAUGAAGGAUCUGAACAGUUCGAACGAGUACGAGGUGAGUCUCGCUCUGGAGUGUUUGGCUAGGAUUGGGACUGAUGAUCUAGCUAGGGAUUUGACCUCUGAGGUUUUCACUCUGUGUUGGCUUCGAUUGAGCCUAGGUUGGCUAAGAAGGUGGCUGAUCCGAUCUGUGAACAUAUGAGGAAGAAUAAUGUGGGAAAGUCUUUGUUGUUUGAGUGUACUAGAACCGUGUUUAGUAGCUUGAGUGAUCAGGAACAGCUUUGAAGCUUGCGGUUGCUAAGAUUAAGGAGUUUCUUGUGGAUGAUGACCCGAAUCUCAAGUAUCUCGGUCUUCAUGCGUUGUCAAUUGUUGCCCCAAAGCAUUUGUGGGCUGUUCUGGAGAACAGAGAAGCUGUUGUGAAGGCUAUGAGCGAUGUGUUUUUUGCUUCGUGUAAUUUUUGUGUUGGAGCUGUUUUGAUCCGUUUGUGUUAUUGCAGAGAGGACCUGGGUUUAUAUAGGAGUUACAGUCCAUGAUCCCGAACUCUGAUUAUCGCAAGAGAGGAACUUACGAUUUGAAGAAGGUUGUAGAGUACGCAAAGAAGAAAGAUUACACAUCUCUUAUUGUAGUCCAUACUACUCGCAGAGAGCCUGAUACGCUCCUUAUCAUUGGUUUGCCAAACGGUCCUGCUGCUCAUUUCAAGUUGUCAAAUCUUGUUCUAAGGAAGGAUAUCAAGAACCAUGGAAACCCUACAAGCCAUGAACAAGAGCUGGUUUUAAACAACUUCACAACUAGUUUAGGAAACCGUGUUGGGAGGUUUUUUCAAUCACUCUUUCCUCAAGAACCUAACUUCCGUGGUAGGAGAGUUGUACGUUCCACAACCAGCGUGACUUUAUAUUUUUCAGACACCAUCGUUACAUAUUCGACAUAAAGGAAGACAAACAGAGUGGUGCGAAAGGAAAAGAGGGUGUUGCUAAAGAGAGAGUGAAGGAUGCGCUGCUUAUUGAUCCUGCUUUGCUUGCUGGAAAAACAAAAAAAAACAUAAAAUUAAGGAGAACCGAAAUAAACCACAACCACAUCCCUUCUACUAAACCGGGUUAGCCUUAAUCCUAACACGAAGAGGACACAAACAACAAAACAGAAGCCAUUUGCCGACAAAUCUGCCGGAGCUUUACCGAAGAGAAGCCACAUAGACUAAGAAAGCCGCCGCCAGAGUUCCGAAGAGAAAAGCCAAUACGAAAGAGCAACGUCCGAAGGAGAUCUGAGAAACUGGAGAAGAGAAGGAGAGGCGAGACCACAACCAUCACCAAAACGAGGACGGAGAAGUCACCGGAUCUAAAGAACACAAAAGAAAAGGAGUAAAAGCGCAGGGACCAGAGGAGAAAAACAUAUCAGACCGAAUUUUCCUGUUCGAGAGGAUAGGUCGAGACCUCACCCCUCCACCGACUCGUCUUCACAGCCACAGAGAACCCUAACCUUAGAAGAAACUUCACCCCUUCGCCACCGUCCUCAAAGCAAACCGCAAAUCAAGGAGAUACCCGUGGUUUCGUUCUGUAGCAAAGCCCGCCCCUAUGUUACGCCUCGUCAUCGAUGGACCUCCACCGCCUCGCCGUUAGACCAGAAUGGCACGACCGCCAUGGAUCUUCUGGAAAGUAACGAGGAGACCUAGGGGAACACGACUCAGAUCCGCCCCCACGAUUCGGAGGCGUGAGGUCCUUACCGCCGCACCACCAUAACACCAUCCGACGCCUCAGAUAUAGAACACCAUAGCCACCAGGAAGAGAAAAGGACCGCUAUUUAAGGACAUGGUUGGCUGGAAAACAGAGAAGAGAAAGAAAAAGGUAAGAAACGAGCCCUCUCACGGCCUCCGGUGAAAACCGGCACCGGAGAGGCAAAAAACGGUGGAGAUUUUCCAUGGUCAUAGAUUUCCAUAUUUCAUUCCUUAAAUGUAAUUCAUGACCAUUAAAUUUGGAAUAAAAUCUUAGAAACUAUUAUUGAGAUAUGACUACUUGGACAUACAUAAGAUAAACACGUGAGUUUUCCUGGGUGUGAAGAUAUAAAUCAAAUUCAUCCAUAAAUAUAAUCUUUCUUUGACAUUACAAUUACAUAUAGAAUUCAACAUUUUAAUAAGAUUUUUGUACUAAAAUGAUAUCUUUACCAUAUGUACUCGAAGUUCGGUUGGUGACUGGGUGAACAAAAUAAAAGAUUAAAUAGAAGUCAAAGAUACGAAAUUAAAAAAAAAGGGAAAUUAAGUUAAAGAUUUGAAAAGUUAAUGAAUGGUAAAAAACAGGAUAAAACCUAUACAGUUUGUUACGUGUCCUAACUCUAUCCUUUAGAACUGAACAAAAUUCGCCAUGAACCAAGAGAAGUACAAUCCAGUGAAUCACUGUAAGAUAAUCAGACGCCGCACACAAUCAUCGACGACCUCCUUAACGUAUGUAGGAGGAAACUUAGAGAUGCCUCCCAUCGAUCUCAUCAUCGAGAUACUCCAGAGACUACCAGCAAAAACCAUUGCGAAAUUGCGUUGCGUCUCGAAGCAAUGGGGUUCCUUACUUAGCAAUCCAGAUUUCACGAAAUCAUUCCUGACAUGUUCGUCAACUCGGCCACGUCUUCUGUUCACGUUCGAAUUCGGCGGCAAGUGGCAUUUCUUCUCGUCCCCUCAGCCUCGAAAUGUCGAUGAGCAGAUUGUAAUAGCAGAUUAUCAUAUGGGUUUCUCUGGAGAUUGGUACAAGGAAAUUUGUCAGUCCGCCAACGGGUUUAUCUAUCUAUACGAUAAGCAGAUGUUUAAGGAAAAAAUUGAAAGGGUUCCUGUGAUAUGUAACCCUAGCACGGGUCAGAAGGUACAUUUACCUAUAGUGAUAGCCAAGAAUAACGACCUGAGAAGCUUUUUGGGGUAUGAUCCGAUCGAGAAUCAACUCAAGGUUUUGUGCAUGGCUGUGGCGAAGUAUAAUCAACAAACUAACUCCAGAGAACAUAAAGUUUUGACGUUAGGGAAAGGAAAACCAUCGUGGAGAAAUAUCGAAUGUUUGUUUCCGCAUUUUCCUGAGAAUUACAAAAAUGGGAUAUGCAUCAACGGGAUUUUGUAUUACAUAGCUAGGAGCAAUUUGAAUACAGUGAUAGCAUGCUUUGAUGUUAAGUACGAGAAAUUUAGGUUUAUACAAAUAGAUGAAGAGAGCUCUAUCUUGACUUGGUUCUUGACGUUGAUAAAUUACAAGGGAAAGUUAGCUGCCCUAGUCUUUGAUCAAAGUCUCCAUGAUCAGUUAUGGGUUCUAGAUGAUCCUGAGAAUGAGAAAUGGUCGAAGCAUAUCUUUCAUUUGCCAACUGCCGCUUUUGUGGUCAUAAGAUCAAUUUGGGCAACUGAUUCAGGUGAGAUUGUUUGGGCGCCAAGUCGUUGGACCUAUCCAUUCUAUGUCUUCUACUACAAUAUGGAGAGACAGAGUGUUAGAAGAUUUGAGAUCAAAGGAAUUGAAGAGAAGGCGUUGAUGGGUCAUUAUCGCCCUGAAGCAAUCUUCACCUUCACAAACCAUAUCGAGAAUGUGAUGUUUCUGUAAUAAAUCUGUGGCUGAUCGCGGUUUUUUAUUUCUCUCCUUUUUUGUUGUUCUCUUGUUUGUUUCUUUUCUUCAGUUGAUCAUUUAUGUAUCUGAAUGUUUGAUUUGAUUGUUAAACUAUAUAAUCUAAUCUCUCCUUAAUACAUUUACAUAAGUUAGUUAUUUAUGUUAUUACACAAAGAGUUGUAACUCUUCAUGUUGUGUCCUUUAAGUAUAACGAGUUGUGUCUCUUAUACUUGUAAUGAUUCGAUCUAUAUAUAAAGAUCAAUCAUUUGUUGUAAACAAUAUCACAUAAUCUCAAUAAUACAAAAGUAUUUUUAGAAAAGUUUAUAAGCCUGAAACGUCUAUCUUAUUCUUUCUCUCGAACUCGUGUGUAACACACUAUGAUCGUUGUGUAACACAAGCGGUUGGUAAAAGAUUAACAUGGUAUCAGAGCUUUACGUUUGAGAGGAUGAAGAAUAAAGCACUAGUAAGAGAAACACUUGGCGUGGAGAAAAGGAGGCUAGAGGAUUUUGGCAUACGAUUUCGUAACCACACGAAACGAUGAAGAAUCAAGUAAUCCCCAUAUUUGAUGGAGAGAAGUACGACUUCUGGAGCAUUAAGAUGACAACCAUUCUCAAGACCAGGAAGUUAUGGUGUGUAGUUGAAGAAGGCGUAAGAGCCCCACCAGCACAAGUGGAUGGAACCGCUGAAACAGCAAGGGCAAGAUCGCUUAGAGAAGAAGCGAUGAUGAACGAUACAUUGGUUUUGCAAAUUUUGCAAACUGCCGUAUCGGAUCAUAUCUUCUCACGGAUUGCAGCAGCAUCAACAUCCAAAGAGGCGUGGGAUGCAUUGAAGGAAGAGUAUGAAGGCUCUCCUCAAGUUCGUUUGAUUAAACUUCAAAUGUUGCGAAGGGAGUAUGAGAAUCUAAAGAUGUAUGAGAAUGAAGACAUUAAGGUCUUCACGGAUAAGAUAGUUGAAUUGGCAAAUCAAUUAACUUAUCAUGGUGAACAGAAGACAGAUGUUCAACUCAUACAGAAGAUACUCAUUUCUCUCCCAGCCAAGUUUGA